AUGGGGAACACCGAAAGUGUAGUUGUGCAAAAACGCCUGACCCGGUUUCGACCGGACGAACGUCCCGUAGUGGAGGGAGUCUUUGACAGACUGUAUAGUGCGAACCCUGUCAGCGGCUCUAAUAAAGCGGCGAAGUGUAUUCCCCUGGACACGCUGAAGAUGACAAUGGGGAACCUAGCCCCUGACUCCAUGAUACUACGGGUGUUUGAGGGCAUGCAGAGCAUUGAUCCUGGGGUACCCCUGCCCCAAGGUAGUGGGGUGAGUCGUGAACAACUGGUCAUCUUCUUGGCUGACGUUCUGAGGGGAACCGCAGAGGAACGCGCACCCCUUGUCCUGGCGAUGACACAGGGGUCAAAGGCGACUUCUGCAACUAUUGACAACAUAAGACAGUUCUUAGAGGACCUGGUGUCUGCAGUGCUGCAGAUUCUGACCCACAGGGGGCGCCUGUGUGGCUGGAGACCUGAUCGCAUGGGUGACAGCCAGCAGGGGGUGAAGUUACUGGCUGAACAGUUAAGCUCUGAGCUGAAGCCUCCAGAUCAACAGGCGUAUGACGUCUCGUGUCUGGAAGACUGGCUGUUCAGAACCUCCGCCGUGGCCCUGUUCAUGGAGCUGCUGAUCGCGGAGGCCUUGGAGGUGGGGUUACCCUCCCGUCUCCCUCCCUCCCUGCUCCCACAGUGUCGGGAGACGGCGUGGAGUGAAUUACGCUGCCUGCUGGAUGUGCCCUCGCUGCUGUUUCUGACGCCCCACCUGCCCGAGGGUCGCAGCGCCCCCUGGAGGCUGCUGUUCUCCACGCAGCUGCACGGGGAGAGUUUCACGCGACUGGUGGGAAACUGUAAGGGCCGCGGACCCACUGUGCUGCUGCUGAGAGACACGCGGGGACAUGUCUUUGGCGGCUUCGCUUCCCACAGCUGGGAGAUCAAACCUCAGUUCCAGGGGGACUCAAGGUGUUUCCUAUUCUCGGUGUCUCCCUCUAUGCGUGUGUUCACAUGCACUGGAUAUAACCAGCACUACAUGUACCUGAACCAGGGCCAGCAGACCAUGCCCAAUGGCCUGGGAAUGGGAGGCCAGCAUGGCUACUUCGGCCUGUGGCUGGACAACGACUUCGGCCGCGGUCACAGUCGCGCCCGGCCACGCUGCACCACCUACGGAAGCCCCCAGCUGUCGGCCGACGAGGACUUCACCCUGGACAGGCUGGAGGUCUGGGGUGUAGGCAAGCCCCCUGAGGAACAGGAACAGGAUGAGAAUAAGAAAAGUAUCCUGGAUGCAGACCCGGAGGUCCAGGCUAUGAUGGAGAUGACGGGGAAAACACUCCACAGCCAAGGCCUCAGAGAGCCUGAAGAGGAUUAA